UCAGACGCGCCCUGUGCACAUUACUUCAGGACGCCAGGGUCUUCUGCUUCUGCCCACCCGGCCGGGGCCAGACACCCUAUUCGCUUUUUCUUACUGCAGCGCCCGAGUCUUCAGUUCUUUUAAAACAAGAUGCCGUCGGGUUUCCAGCAGAUCGGCUCUGAAGAUGGGGAACCCCCUCGGCAGAGGGUGACUGGGACUCUAGUCCUUGCUGUGUUCUCAGCUGUGCUCGGCUCCCUUCAGUUUGGCUACAACAUUGGGGUCAUCAAUGCCCCACAGAAGGUGAUUGAACAGAGCUAUAAUGCGACAUGGCUGGGGAGGCAGGGUCCCGAGGGACCCAGUUCCAUCCCACAAGGCACUCUUACUACACUCUGGGCUCUCUCCGUGGCCAUCUUUUCUGUGGGCGGCAUGAUUUCUUCCUUCCUCGUUGGCAUCAUUUCUCAAUGGUUGGGAAGGAAAAGGGCUAUGCUGGCCAAUAAUGUCUUGGCAGUGCUGGGGGGCACCCUCAUGGGCCUAGCCAAUGCCGCUGCCUCCUAUGAGAUACUCAUUCUCGGACGGUUCCUCAUUGGCGCCUACUCAGGGCUAACGUCAGGGUUGGUGCCUAUGUAUGUGGGAGAAAUCGCCCCCACUCAUCUUCGGGGUGCCUUAGGAACACUCAACCAAUUGGCCAUCGUCAUUGGCAUUCUCAUUGCCCAGGUGUUGGGCCUGGAGUCUAUGCUGGGCACAGCUACCCUGUGGCCACUGCUUCUGGCUAUCACAGUACUUCCUGCCCUCCUGCAGCUGAUUCUGUUGCCCUUCUGUCCCGAGAGCCCCAGAUACCUCUACAUCAUCCGGAACUUGGAGGGGCCUGCCCGAAAGAGUCUGAAGCGUCUAACAGGCUGGGCUGAUGUGUCUGAUGCACUGGCUGAGCUGAAGGAUGAGAAGCGGAAGUUGGAACGAGAGCGGCCCAUGUCUCUGCCCCAGCUCCUGGGCAGUCGCACCCAUCGGCAGCCUCUGAUCAUUGCGGUUGUGCUACAGCUGAGCCAGCAGCUCUCUGGCAUCAAUGCUGUUUUCUACUAUUCAACCAGCAUCUUCGAGUCAGCUGGUGUAGGACAGCCAGCCUAUGCCACCAUAGGAGCUGGUGUGGUCAACACGGUCUUCACGUUGGUCUCGGUGCUCUUGGUAGAACGGGCUGGGCGACGGACACUCCAUCUCCUGGGCCUGGCAGGCAUGUGUGGCUGUGCCAUCUUGAUGACAGUGGCUCUGCUCCUGCUGGAACGGGUUCCAGCCAUGAGCUAUGUCUCCAUCUUGGCCAUAUUUGGCUUUGUGGCCUUCUUUGAAAUUGGCCCUGGCCCCAUCCCCUGGUUCAUUGUGGCCGAGCUCUUCAGCCAGGGACCCCGCCCAGCAGCCAUGGCUGUAGCUGGUUUCUCCAACUGGACCUGUAACUUCAUUGUUGGCAUGGGUUUCCAGUAUGUUGCGGAUGCUAUGGGUCCCUACGUCUUCCUUCUAUUUGCCGUCCUCCUGCUUGGCUUCUUCGCCUUCACCUUCCUAAAAGUGCCUGAAACCAGAGGCCGGACGUUUGACCAGAUUUCAGCUGCCUUCCGUCGGACACCUUCCCUCUUAGAGCAGGAGGUGAAACCCAGUACAGAACUUGAAUACUUAGGGCCAGAUGAGAAUGACUGA